CUUCUCCCUCCCCGGCCUGGGCGCUCUUGGAGCUUUUGGAAGAAGGCAAGACUUGGUUUCACAGAGGUGAAAGCAGGGUUCAGAGAUCAUCCAGAACCUAUCUACAUAACUUGAAGCUUCAGAGCCAGCAAAAGUCCCACUGGGAUCCUCUCAGCACAGCAAAACAGAGCCAGCCUGAAAGUGAGGAUGUCCAUGGAACAGGAUAGAGGAGAGCAUGGCUACAGAGUCAUUAAUCAAGACCUCCGGAGACCAAGCAGAAAGCAGAAAUCUGAAAGAAUGACGCCUAAAAUGAAGUAUUCAACCCCCAAAAUCUCCUCAGCAAAGCUGAGCAGCACAGCAGAUAGAACCUUAGUAAAACCCUGCAAGAUAAGAGAAUCCCAACAGAAGACCAAAGAAAUCUGCCAUGUGUAUUGUAUGAAGCUACGCUCUGGCCUUACCAUAAAAAAGAAGGCCUGUUACUUCAGGAAAGAAAUCACCAAACAUUGUUCACAAAAAACAGGUGGAAAGCACAAAGAAAUACAUCAGUUAUUUGCUGCCUAUCAACCUGCUAUGGAGCACUCCAUCUUUGAAAUAGCUAGGACCCAAGAAAAUACUAGAGCACUUGACACAUCAAGUAUCAGAGAAUCUUGCGCUUCCCUGAGUACAUACAACAAUCAACAUGUUCGUUUUAUUUGGGAGGAUGGAAAUUAUGUGACCAAUGUUGAAGACCAGCCAAAAGAUCAAGAAAAAGACAAGGUAUUACUGCGCUACUAUGAGUCUCCAUACCCCUCAAGCGAAUCAGGUGAUGGUGUCGAUGGUAAGAUGUUGAUGGUAAACCUGAGUCCUACAAAAGACAGAGACAUCUUGCUUCAUGCCAACAACAAGGCGCAGUCUGUGGAGCUGCAAAAGUGUAAAACUCCAUUGCCAGACCAGGCCUUCUUUGUCCUUCAUAAGGAAUCCUCUGAUUUUGUUUCAUUCGAAUGUAAGAGUAAUCGUGGAAUGUAUAUAGGAGUCAAAGAUAAUCAGCUUGCUCUGGUGGAAGGAAAGAAUCAGACUAGUGAUAAUAUCAUGUUUAAGCUCUCCUUAAUGUGACAGAGACCUGCAGGAUCUGGUUUGGGCAACCCAAAUGGUACCACUGGAGGACAAGAGUGAAAGAGACAGGCAAUGUCUAGGGGAAAUAGCUUAGAAUGCUGUGGAAUGUUUUAUUUACUAUGUGUACAAAUAUUUUUUCUAAUCCUUCAGUUGUUUUCUUUUUCUUUGUAUUACUAUAUAUUCAACAAAAUUAUGAGUUUAUAAAACAAGGUUUUGGUAAAAAGAUCUGCUUUUUGAAGAGAUAUAGGCUAACAUUUACUUUUUUCUAGAUCCAGUCCAGAAAGAAUUUCCACAUUUAGAGUUUAGAUCUCUUUAGAGAAGAGUCCAUAACUCAAGUUACUCUUUAAAUAGGGAUCCAUUAUAAAGAGAUACAUGGUUUUCUCUUAUUCCAAACAAUAGAUUCAAACACUAGAGCUGUUAAUAAAAAGAAUAAAUACUGCAUAGACUUACUAUUUAUCCACUAGAAUAAAACACUGAGUGUGUUUAUAAAUGCCCUAGGUAACACUCAGAUUGGCUCUUUUUGUGAAGAGUUAUGGCACUUCAAAUGCCUACCUGCUUAGGCAAGUAAUAUAAAGGAAAGGAUAAUUUGAAACUUAAGAAAAACAAAUUCAGUAUUGAUAAAAUGAACAAUUUUACCUCUGUUUCAUUUCUUAAAUUCUGAUUUAAUAUUAAAUAAUUUUUAUAUAGAGUUAACUUUAAACAAGGCCUUCCUACAUUAGAAAACAAAUUUCAGUUCACACAUGUAAUUGAAAUUAUUGGUAAUAUCUAACAAACUGAAACAUUUUCUUAAAAUACUAAGUUAUAGUAGAAUGGUUAGGGCAUUCAAGUAGCAUGGGAUCCAAAUACUAUAAUGAAACCAGAAGUCCUCUAAUUUAC